CAGGUCAUCAGCCACAUCAACAGACUCACGUGAGUGCUAGCCACGCUCAGGGACCACCACCCACCUACCAACAAAGCCUCGGCCACCAGCCGUAUGGAGGAGGAUACCAUCAUGGUGGGUACGCUGGGUAUCCGGCACCAGGAGGAUACCAUGGCGGAUAUGGGGGACAUCCAGGAGGAUAUGGCGGGUAUGGUGGAUAUGGGAGCUACGGAGGGUACGGUGGAGGAUAUGGUGGUGGUUAUGGUUCUGGCGGAAUGGGAAUGGGCGGCAUGGGCAUGGGCGGAUUUGGCGGAGGUUGGGGAGGAUACGGAGAAUCAUCUUAUCAUGUGAACGUAAAGAACGCCAGCAUGAUGAUCUACCACUUGGGGUCCAGUCUAAUUGGAGGCAUGUUCAGGCACAAGCCAUACAACGUUUACAACUACUACAAUAUGCCGCCUGAAGCUAAACAGGAGAUCAAGAUGCCAUCCAAUGUACUCAUGCUCUGUGAAGGAAACGCUACAAACUUUUGUGCACAAGGUACGACGUCUAUAUGUACAACGAACGGUACCGUGCUGUGUGUGGCUACUAUGACAAAUGCCGUACCUUGCACUGAAGAAAAAACGCUUUGUGUCAACGCUACCAUGACUUGUCCUGACAAGAAUGACCCGAUCUGUACCUUGCUUGACAAAUUUAAUAGUGGACGUGAAUUUGCUGAAUGAAACAAACGUACAUGGACAGAAUGGUCAUGAUUACAAAUACUGUGUUACUCAACUGGCUGUAGCUGGACCAGAAUAUAGAAAUUGUACAGAAAAGGAUCUCAUUGGAUCUACAAUGGACUACAAAAAUAUUCUCAAUGGUCUGUAUAAAACACGUCUAGCGACGACAUGCAAGGUGAUAUAUUUCCAGGCAAAUGUAGGAAUCAUUUUUCAAAACCCGAGGGCAACAUUAUCAUGAGUGCUUUAUUUACUGUUUGAUAGUUUUAUUUACAGAAAAGUGUAUUUAAAAUCCCGCGUAGGUUUCAAAAAUUGAGUAAUAUAUAGGAUGUUCCAUUCAAAAUAAGCAACUUGGCAUCUACUUCGAUAAUUAUCAAACGACAGCUAUUCGAGUAGUCGAUCGCUGCAGGUCUACCUGGGACGCCCUGUAUAAUAUUUAAAGGUCCGAUAAGAAAAAACAAAAAUCAAAAAGUUUUUCAAAACUGUUUCAGUCCUACUUACUACCACUAAUGACCUAAAUCCAUAUUUUCAUCAAUUAUAGGACUUUUGUCAGAUUUCUGGAAAAUGUGUUCCCUUACCGAGCUAUGGAUCUCAGUGGUAUCUAUCCACGGUUAAGGCAUUUUAGUCUCCUAAUAAAAUACCUCAUAUGAUAUGCAAUAAUAUUGUAGGCACGUUCACUUGGAACAUGACCGUAUCGGGCAUGAUGUACCCGUACUCCGUCUGGAACUACCACCACCCAACGCAAACCCCAACUGGUGAUGAUAUCGUGAUGCCUCUCGAUGUGGUAAUUCCCUGCGUAGAAAAUGCCACUAAGCUGUGCGCUCCAGGUCUGGUGCCCGUCUGCACCACUUACAAGGAGAUCAUGUGCCUGGAGACCCUCACAGAGACCAAGUUUUGCGAACAGUUCAAUACUACCUGCGUGCAAAGUCCUGUGCCGUGCGGAGAAGACCUAGAAGCCAGACCGUGGUGCGCGGGGAACAAGUCCAAUGACGAGUUGGUUGAAAAGGAUGGCAAAAAACACGCUAUAGUACAAAUACCAUGUUUUGCUAAUAUCACAGUGAACUCCAAUCUGCCCAAUUUUGAAAUUCACGAGUUCAAUGGUACGCUACCCGAAGGUCAAAACACCAGUUAUACCUAUCAUUACAGGUAUUGUGUGGGCACUCUGGGCAUCCCUGGGCCCAUAGCUGAAGCAUGUCUGCUUGAUGUGCAACCUUCACGCUGAUGGAGGAUCAUCUAAAAUGGAAGUUGUCAACUCAUUAGAUUCUAGAUUCUCUUGCAUUCUUGUACUCCCCCAUAAUUCGAUUGAUUUAUAUAAAUGUCAUUUGUACAAAGUGUAGUGACCGAAAAUGCAAAAUGUGUAUUUGUGUAAAUUAAGAAUUUUUAUUGUAUUAUUUUAUACAUUUUUACAAAUCAAAUACCUAUAUUGCGAAUGUUUGCUGUAUAGUUCACACGACAACGUAAGAAUUAGACAGGUCCUGUCAUUAAACACUGAGAAACGUUUUUUGUUGUUUAGUCCAUUUUUUGUUAGCAUGCUAUAGAAAACAACACUAUAUAUGUGUAUUUAAAAAAGCUAUAUAUUUUCUAUCCCAUGUAGGUUUAAAAAACAAGGUAAGUAUGCAGACAAACAUUCCAAAAUUCCUGUAUAUACAGGGUGUUUCAGCAAGAGGUGUCAAUAUUCCUAGGGUAGGAAGUACAUACAAAAAUAACAGAAAAAGUUCCUAUCAAUAAAGUUCCAAAGAUGCUGCCGUACCGAGAUACGGGGUGAUUAUGUUUUGUUUAUGGAAUUUAAAAAAUACAUAUAUGUAAAUCUACGGAGCUGAAAAAGAAACUUGGGUAGAAGCUUAGACGUUAAGUGAGUACAUCAUUAGCAAUAAAAAGUUCAUAUUAAUAACGUUCCAAAGAUGCUUCCAUAGCGAGAUACGGGGUGAUUAGGUUUUGUUUAUGGAAUUUAAAAAAUACAUAUAUGUAAAUCUACUGAGCGGAAAAAGAAACUUGGGUAGGAGCUUAGACGUUCAGUGAGCAAUAAACACACAUAGUUUCCUGGCCCAAUCUGAUCCAGCAACAUAGAAAAUGGAGUGCCUGGACCCCUAAUAGGAAAUAUUUUCUACGCCAGUGAGUUUUUCUAAGAAAAGGAUUGUAUUUUAUAAAAUACCACUCGUUUUUGAGAUAUGUUUGAAUAUAUGAGGUAAAAUCCGAAAAUAUCCUUAUGAAAAGGUGUAGCCUCCCCUAUUCUGAAAACACCAUGAUGCUUGAUGCUGGAAACACUAUAUGGCAUGUGAAGAAAGCUAUGGUACCUCAUUAUAUCAUUAAUUGAAUAAUAUACGCGUCUUAUCAAUCAGUACUGAAGAAGCUUACCAUUCAUUAAACCUUGUCUAAGCACGCUACUGGUUUUCAUGGUAUACUUCCUAAGGUAUUACCCCAGUUAGAGUCUUCUGUCUGUAUAAAAUGACAACUAGUAAUUGUGGAAGCAACCAAUAUGAGAAAAAUUCUUAUUUUACUUCUGAAAUUAUCGGCCUUCUCAAAAUUCUUUAGUAUUAUGGAUUAAGUGAGCUCAAUCAACAAAUCGUUAGCAACCUCGGACACGAGGUAUGAGGAUGAACACAGGAGGCUUUCAACACUGUUCAUAAUAUGCUAGGUAUUUUCCAAAGAGUCAUAGGGUCUUUGUGGCGUAUAUCACGGGCUAGUGUUGAAUCUAGAGGAAGUCACUUUCAACACCUCCUCUAGGUAGGAUGUUAUAGCAUUAUAGCAUAUAUAUUUUUGUUCCCAAUGUUAUCUCCUCAUAAAUUUAGAAACAACCACGUAAGUUGUAUCAAAUGUAAUGUUUAUUUUUGUCUUAUUAGCCUUGUUUAUUUUUGAAAUAAACGUUUUCUUUGUUUUGAAGUUUCUUUAUCAAACCACAAUGAAUAUGCCGGAAAAACCAGUGGCGGAACACGGAAAUAUUUAAUGAAUAGUAAGCUUCUACGCUGAUUGAAGAUAAGGCAUGCAUAUUAUUCAAUUAAUGGUCUAAUAUGGUGCCAUAAAAAUCUUUCAGGAUUUUACGUCAAAUAUUCGACCCUAAAUAUCUCCAAAACGGGUGAUCUGACAAAAAUUCCUUAAGAGUUUAUAAGGUGUAUUUCUUUUCUCCAAAAAGAGCAGUGGCGUAGAAAAUAUUUCCUACUAGGUUCCCAGGUACCCCAGUUUCUACGUCCCUGUGUAUUUAUUGCUUAUGACGUGCUUGCUGAACGUCUAAAAUCUUAACUCAGUAUCUUUACCAGCUCCGUAGAUACAUUUUUUUUCAAGUUCAUAAAUAAAACUUCAUCACCAUGUAUCUCGGCAGAAGAGCAUUUUUGGACCCAUAUUUAUAGGAAUUUUAUUUGUUAUUUUGGAUCUAUUUCCUACCCUAGAAAUAUUGGCACGUCUUUUUGAAACACCCUGUAUAAAACAAUUUAUUGAAAAUAAAUACAAAUAAAAUUGGAUACAAUAAAUAAAAGUACAAAUAAGCUGAAACAGUACAAUGACGGAUUUGUACCCACAUACAUAUAUCACAAUAUAACUAACUAUAAUUUGGUCCAUGUACUCCAGCAGACUCAAACUGAUGGGCACAAAACCUUCCGAAAGCAUUGCUGCAAGUUCCAUUUGAAUAAGUAUCUAUUAGAGAGCUGAUAAGAUAAUGUUAACAAAGAGGGUUAAUCAUAUGAAUUAAGGUUUACGUAUAUUUCAGUACCUCCAUAUCACGUUUUAUUGUGAACAACAGAACUCACAGCACCUGAAAAUGGAAAAUGAAAAUCUACAACUAAUAUCACAAACAUUGUCCUUUCUGUAAACAGUUAAAUUAUCUCAACAUCAUAUAUACAUGUGUAAAACGUCGAAUUUGCACAGAAAGUUAAAGCUUACAGAAAUACGUAAUGCAGCAUUUAAUAGCAACCAUAGAAAUAAGUAUACAUAGUUAUUUCCCAUAAUAGUCGCUGUUGUAUAAUUCUUUUCAUGGUUUUUGGCGAGUCACAGAAAAACUAUCCUACCCGUAUCACUUUCAUACGUCCUUCUCCCUCACUCAUACAACUAUGAAAUCUGCCUCUAUGCGCGGACGUUUGCGUAACCUCACAGACAUAAGCUUCUUAGGUUCGUCUCUAAUAUUUUCUUGCCAACAAAUGCUUGUCAGUAUUAGUGUGGCAACCCACUUGCAAUGGAUAUUCAAGUUUACCUGUUGUUGGCCUUAUAUCGACAGUACUUUGAUUAAUAAAACGACUAGUAAAUGAAAAGUCCUGGGUACAGGAAAAACAUGAUUUCAUUGUUCAAAAUUUCAAGGAAAAAAAUUCUGCAGACAUAAGUAUAUCUGUUAAUAACAAAAGAAAAAGACGGAUGAUUAGUCAUUCACAUAGAAGAUGAAAUGCCAUUAGCAAAAUUGAACAAUGAAGCGGAACUAACAUUAGGAAAAGAGUAUGAAAUAAAAGCUACAAUUAAACCGAAAAUAAAAAUGAUUAAUGUUUGCGAGGCUGAGUUGAAAGAGGAACAAUUUGUGUCAAAAGGUAAGUAUUCCUGAAGAAUUUAGAAGUAGUGAUGUGAAAGUAAUUCAUAAAUGAAAAAGUAGUAAAAGCAGAAACCAAGCAUGUAGUGCGAUAAUAGAACUGUCUAAUAAAGUAAAUCAGUAUCUGCAAGAUAAAAAACAGUCUUAAAUGGUGUGGAAUAGUCAUGAAUUCUAAAAAAUGUUUAGUGUUCAAUGUUAGAAUUGUUAGAUUUGGACAUGAAGCUGAGAAGUGCAAUUCUGUUGUACUAUGUACCAAACUGCAGUUAAUAUGGCAAAAAUUGUCUAAGCUACUUGAAUCAAAUGAAAAAAGCCAAAUUAAGAAAGUUUCAUGAAAAAUGGUAUUAAGGAAUUAAAGACUUCAUAUUUUAGAUCCAAGUGAUAUGUGAUUUUUAUUAUGUCCAUG